AUGGCCCUUUCAAGAUGGCAACCAAGCGCGAUCUGAGGUGGCCGCGGCGUUUGCUGUGGAGGUGGUGGUGGGUCUGGAGCGCUCCACAGAAUCGGGGUUCCGGACUGGGCCUAGAAGGGAGGACUUAUUCUCAGGGCGACGGCCCGUACUCGCGCACGGCGCUCUACGAGCUGCUCGGCGUUCCCUCCACAGCCACGCAGGCGCAAAUCAAGGCGGCAUACUACCGGCAGAGCUUCCUCUACCACCCGGACCGAAACUCGGGGAGCGCGGAGGCUGCCGAGCGCUUCACGCGCAUCUCCCAGGCCUACGUGGUCCUGAGCAGUGCCACCCUGCGUCGCAAGUAUGACCGCGGGCUGCUCAGCGCCGAGGACCUGCGCGGACCUGGCGUCCGGCCCCCCAAGGCGCCGAUCCGCGACACGGGCUCGCCCCGCCCCCCGCCCCCUGCUUCUCAGGCCCGCGGCCGGGGUCAGACCACCGCGGGCGCUAACCGCACCAUGUUCGACUUUGACGCCUUCUAUCAAGCUCACUACGGAGAACAGCUGGAGCGCGAACAGCGCCUUAGGGCCCGGCGAGAGGCCCUGCGCAAACAGCAGGAGGCCCGGGCCAACAAGGGCUUCCACUGGGACGAUGCCCGAGACGCAGCCUUUGUCUUCCUUCUCACGGUCUUCAUCCUCAUGGGCUUUCGUUUUUAAAAGGAGAGAGGAAGAAAGGGAGCAGUCAGCCCCAUGAAAAUGGCCUUUCCUGUGUUCUUGAACCCUUUGCCUUCCAUAGUCUACCUCUGCGGGGGUCCGAAGAAACUGCUCUGCCCCCUCGUCUUCCCUGCCCACCCAGCUUAGCCAUCCACCUCCGCAUCCCUCCCCGAUGGUCCAGAAAAGAAGGCUUUUCGGUGCCCAAGAAAAGAGGCCCCCAGAAGAAGAGUCUCCAAAGCCCGAGAGUGCAGGGCUUUCCGGAGUCCCUUGGGUGCCUGCUUCCAGAGGUUGCCUUCCUGAUGUCAGCUUCUGGAACACUUGCUCGGGCUUUAUUGUAAAGCUCUGAGCAAGAAUUGUCUGCUCCUGCCCCGCGUUUGUACCGUGGGGCUCCUGUGUAACCUUGAACCGUGCAAUGUGACCAAUUGUUGGCUGCCAAAAAGAGAAAUUGUGGGGUUGUACGAA